CCAAGAAGAGCUCUGGAAGCUCCGGAGGAGUUUUUGGCCAGGGGUCUGAAUAGGAAGGGUCCUCAUGGAGGUCUUUCCUGCCCCUGGAGGAACCUGGCGCAGAGAGAGUGAGAAGCAGAGCCCCAACUCUGGGUCUCCUGACAUUUCGUCCAGGGCUCUGUUGCCUGCGCUGCUUUGCCUAUGCCAGAUGGGGACACUGAGAGCUGAGGACCCAGAGUGUCUGGUCAGCUGGAUCUAGAUGCAGAGGAAGAGGCCAGUGGCGUGGUGAGCAAGGUCUGGCAACUGGAGCAACGCAGGCCCCGUGCUGUCCAUGGAACUGCAGGCCCAGCCGGCCUCUCCCCACCCCUGCCUACCAGGCUUGGAGAGGGCAGAGGCCUAGACCCACAGGGGAGGGUGUCAGCUUCCCAGGCCGUGGGGUCUCCUGAGUGGACUGCUGGGUGGAUGUGCCAACACCAAAGGAUGCCGGCCAAGGGGCGCUACUUCCUCAAUGAAGGUGAGGAGGUCCCAGGCCAUGAUGUACUGUAUGAGAAGUACCGCCUCACCAGCCAGCAUGGGCCGCUGUUGCUCACACUCCUUUUGGUGGCCAUCACUGCCUGCAUUGGCCUCGUCACCAUCGCCUUCACCGAUGGGGGAUUCCCCAGACACCACCCUAUCCUGGUGACGGCGUUCUUGAUACUUGCUGUGUUUGCGGUGCUCUACGUACUGGUGUAUUUUGAGUACCUUGUGCAGCGGUGGCUCAGGGUCUUCGCACUACUCACCUGGGCCUGCCUUAUGACACUAGGCUAUGUGCUGGUGUACGACUCAAGGAUAAACGAAGACUGUGUACAAUCAUUGCAGGUGCCCUUUUUCCUGUUCAUCAUCUUCGUGGUGUACACACUGCUGCCUUUCAGCAUGUGGGGAGCCGUUGCUGUGGGGGUGGUCUCCAGCGUCUCCUACCUCCUGGUGGCCGUUGUGGCAUUGAAUGCCUUCACCAUGACGCAGAUGCUGGCCUGCACUGUCAUCUUCCUGUGCGGGAACCUCACGGGCGCCUUUCACAAGCACCAGAUGCAUGAUGCCUCCCGGGACCUCUUCAUCUACACUGUGAAGUGCAUCCAGAUCAGACGUAAGCUGCGCAUCGAGAAGCGCCAGCAGGAGAACCUGCUACUGUCAGUGCUGCCGGCCCACAUCUCCAUGGGCAUGAAGCUGACCAUCAUUGAGCGGCUCAAGGAGGGUGGGGACCGCCGCUACAUGCCGGACAACAACUUCCACAGCCUCUACGUCAAACGGCACCAGAAUGUCAGCAUCCUAUACGCUGAUAUUGUGGGCUUCACGAGACUGGCCAGUGACUGCUCCCCCAAAGAGCUGGUGGUGGUGCUGAAUGAGCUCUUCGGCAAGUUUGACCAGAUCGCCAAGGCCAAUGAGUGCAUGAGGAUCAAGAUCCUGGGUGACUGCUACUACUGCGUGUCAGGCCUGCCGGUGUCCUUGCCCACCCACGCCCGGAACUGUGUGAAGAUGGGGCUGGACAUAUGUGAGGCUAUUAAGCAGGUGCGGGAGGCGACGGGUGUGGACAUCAGCAUGCGUGUGGGCAUACACUCGGGGAACGUGCUGUGCGGCGUCAUCGGGCUGCGCAAGUGGCAGUACGACGUCUGGUCCCACGAUGUGUCCCUGGCCAAUAGGAUGGAGGCGGCUGGAGUCCCUGGCCGGGUACAUAUCACAGAGGCGACACUGAACCACCUGGACAAGGCAUAUGAGGUGGAGGACGGGCACGGGCAGCAGCGAGACCCCUACCUGAAAGAGAUGAACAUCAGCACCUACCUGGUCAUCGACCCCCGGAGCCAGCAGCCACCCCCGCCUAGCCAACACCUCCAUAAGCCCAAGGGGGACACAGCUCUGAAGAUGAGGGCCUCUGUGCGCAUGACCCGCUACCUCGAGUCCUGGGGGGCAGCGAGGCCCUUUGCACACCUCAACCAUCGCGAGAGUAUGAGCAGCAACGAGACCCCUGUCCCUAGAAGGCGGAGGCCUAAGGCCAUUCCCCUGCGGCGCCACCGGAACCCUGACAGAAGUGCAUCCCCCAAAGGGCGGUUGGAAGAUGACUCCUAUGAUGACGAAAUGCUGUCAGCAAUUGAGGGGCUCAGCUCCACACGACCCUGCUGCUCCAAAUCUGAUGACUUCUACAGCAUCGGGUCCUUCUUCCGGGAGAAGGACUUUGAGCGAGAGUACCGCCUGGCGCCCAUCCCCCGGGUCCGCAACUACUUUGCCUGCGCCAGCCUCAUCUUUGUCUGCAUCCUACUUGUCCACGUCCUGCUGAUGCCCAGGACAAAAGAUCUGGGUAUAACCUUUGGGCUGGUGGCCUGCGUGCUGGCACUUGUGCUAGGCCUGUGCUUUGCCAAUGAGUUUUUGAGGUGCUGCCCAGCCCAGGGGGUGCUCCGGGCCAUCUCUGAGAGUGUGGAGACACAGCCCCUGCUGCGCCUGUUCCUGGCCAUCCUGACUGUCAGCAGCCUGCUCACCAUUGCCGUCAUCAACCUGAAGCUGACAGCUUAUAGCAAUGGGACAGAACCGAGCCUUUCAAACCCCUCGGACAGAAACCAAUGUCAGUGCCUGGAGGCUGACCAGUGUGAGCAUCUCCUGUUCUACACCUGCAGCUGCAUGCUGGCCUUUAUCGCCUGCUCUGUCUUCCUGCGGAUGAGCCUGGAGCUGAAGGUUGUGCUGUUGACUGCAGCCUUGGGGGCCUACCUGGUACUCUUCAACCAAAACAAAAACAUCAGCCUGUGCUUUCAGCAGAACUGCAGCAGCAACAGCACUGAUUGGUGUUCAACCUGUCCAAGUAGUAGUCUGAAUAUGAUGAUCGAUUUCUACCUGGCUCUGUUCUACGCCACCCUCAUCAUGCUCUCCAGACAAAUUGACUAUUACUGCCGCUUGGAUUGUCUGUGGAAGAAGAAGUUCAAGAAGGAGCAUGAGGAGUUUGAGACCAUGGAGAACGUAAACCGGCUUCUUCUGGAGAAUGUCCUGCCAGCCCACGUGGCUGCCCACUUCAUUGGUGACAAGUUAAAUGAGGACUGGUACCAUCAGUCCUAUGACUGCGUCUGCGUCAUGUUUGCGUCAGUGCCAGACUUCAAAGUAUUCUACACGGAGUGCGACGUCAACAAGGAAGGGCUGGAGUGCCUGCGCCUGCUCAAUGAGAUCAUCGCGGACUUCGACGAGCUGCUAUUAAAGCCCAAGUUCAGUGGCGUGGAGAAGAUCAAGACCAUCGGCAGCACGUAUAUGGCGGCUGCCGGGCUCAGCAUCCCCUCGGGUCAUGAGAACCAGGACCUGGCUCGGCAGCAUGCCCAUAUCGGUAUCAUGGUGGAGUUCAGCAUCGCCCUGAUGAGCAAACUGGAUGGCAUCAACAGACACUCCUUCAACUCCUUCCGCCUCCGAGUUGGCAUCAACCAUGGGCCUGUGAUUGCUGGAGUGAUCGGGGCACGAAAGCCUCAGUAUGACAUCUGGGGGAACACGGUCAACGUGGCCAGCCGGAUGGAAAGCACUGGAGAACUGGGGAAAAUCCAGGUUACUGAAGAGACAUGCACCAUCCUCCAGGGACUAGGUUACUCUUGUGAAUGCCGAGGACUGAUUAAUGUCAAAGGCAAAGGUGAACUGCGGACUUACUUUGUCUGUACAGAUACCACCAAGUUUCAAGGAUCAGGGCUGAACUGAAGGCUUUUGGUAGGUGCAGAACAUGCUGGAAGUUUAUUUCCCUUUGGCUUGCUUCAGAGAAGGCAGACUAGAUCUCACAGGGGUUAAAAGGCAUACCCUCCCGGAUGUGUGUGUGUGUGGUUCCCUUGGACUUGCACUAGACAAUUUCUUCGACGCUGCGCCAGACCCCUGCUGGAUGUGACCACUACAGCUUAGGGAGCACAUGGCUGCCAGAGUCUGCUGUGGGGAGUCUGCUGCAGCCUCAGGCACAGCUGGAAAAGGCUCACAGUGAGUUUUAGACCCUCAUUCCCCAGGGUGCUAUGUAGAUAUUGGAGCAUGACCAGAACACACCUCCUCCCCGUGGCCUGUGAGCUGCACUGCAAGAUUUGUCUUUUUUAGGUAUGGAGGACUAAGACACGUUCCCAGGAGGGGCUGGGGACUCCUUUUUCCCCAGCUACAUGAUUGCACAUUUCUCAUGCAGAGUCCUGGUAAACAGAUGUUCAAAGGAUGUUUUAAAAAUGUAAAUGGUUUCAAACUGUGGGAGUAAAUAUACCACAACCCAAGUUCAUUCUUGCUUCUCUGACCUAUGACUGUUUUCAACUGGAUACAUUUUAAUGGGAGUCUAUCCUUUUAAAUGAUUUCUGAGAUGGCAGACAACAUCUACUCCCUCCAAUGGAUGAGUUGCCUUUUUAACACUUGACACGUCAGAAGGACCAGGGUCCAGUGUCAACUCUCAGCAUUAGCCCAGCUGUGGGGAUAGGGCAGGAAGGACUGUGGCUCACAGCAGAAAGGCCACCAGCGGCCCUGGCUUUGAAUCAGAAAACUUUCGGAGCUUAGGUUCAGUAAAUAAAAGCCUAGAAAAUAGGCAGCCUGCAGGCCUCUCCUCCCCUUUCCUCCUCAUAGGUAACUUUGAAGAGCUUCAAAACUCAAGGGGCCUACUCAGCAUAAGCAUGUGUAGAGAGAGGGGUUCCCAUAUCUGGGAAGUGAGGGUCUCACAAGGCUGACAUAUUCUUGUUCUGAAUAUGUCUUGUUCUGAACCUGAGAGUCAAGGCAACUGCAAAAAGCCAGGUUUGUGAUAUGGUAUCUUACAGGGUUUCUACUCCAAAGCAAUGGAUAGAUCACUCCAGGUUUCAAGGAGAGAAAUAACCAAGCUGGUGAUCCCUUUUCCUGAAUUGACUUCACUGCCUCAUAAUCAAAAUGUCUCCAGGGGCCUCCCUGGUGUCACAGGGGAUUAAGAUGCAGCCUCUGAAGCUGUCCGCAGCCACUGCAGCACGAGUUCAAUCCCCGGCCAGGGAGCUGACACACGUGGUGCAACAGACCUCUCCUGUCUCGCCCGCUGCUCCCCUCAGCAAUGUAUUUUAGUAGAUCCGCCUGUUCUGCUCCCCACUCUGUCUAUGGUGAAUCCUUCCAAUCCCCUCUCGCCCACCCGCCCCCGUAUUUCUGGCCUACAACCCAGUUCUUCUACGCAAAAAAAAAAGUAGAAUUUCACUACAUAACAGGGAUUCUUAGUCACAUCUAUGAAUCCCCUGAAAUUAAACAGAAAACCUUGCCUGCAGGAGACCUCCAAAGAUGCGACAGGACUGCAGCCAGGUUGCCUGGACUGCAGGGGUUGAGGACGCAGUGCCACCCACGUUGCAGAGUUGCAGCUGAUAGUGGAGGGGGACUGACAAUGACCCUGCUGUCUGCCUGUACUUGUCCAGCUGUGGGACUUUUAUCAGCCCAAGCAGGGCUUAUUCUCAUUUGCUGGGUGCUAGGUGAGCCCGUAGCAGCUGUGCAUGACAUGUAACUGAAAUAAGUGUGAGUGAAUUACAAGAACUUGCAUGAAUGACUUUUAUGGGAAAAUUGGUCUCAUUUAAGUUGCCCUUUUUACACACCAACUUUUCAUACAGUGGGCUUAUUUCAUAUGAGUACUGCACUGAAACUGUACUUUUACAAUCUUAAGUGGUGACCCAGGCUGGGUCACCUGGGAAGUCAGGAAGGUUCUGUCACUGAGACACACAUCAGUGUGCUGGGUCUCUGGAGGUGGACAUAUUUCCACUCUACUCUUCCAGUAUUCAAGUAACUUUUUUUUCUCCAGCAACAGAAAACCUAAUUGGGAGUUAAAGAAAAAUAUUUCCAGUUAUUUAUUUCCAACUAAAGCAGUGUGCUCAGAUAAAAAUGUUUAAAGCUUUAGUUUUCGAUGUUCGGGUCAUAGCAAAUAAUUGACCAAAAAAUCAUUUGCAGUUUCUUCUUUAUAAACCUUUUUACCAAUAACCAAGUCAUUUCUUCACAGGUGUCAUUUUGCUUUAUGACAGGACACUUUUUUUUCUAACACUCACUUCUCUAUGGGUCAAGAACUUGCUUAAAGUUUCUGCCAAGGUGGCUUCACCAACUCCAGUGAAAAUCGCACCUGAAGUUUUCUGGUUUACUUAAGAAAAUUUCCUAACAGAAGAUUAACCACUGUAUACUUUGUGUCUAUAUUAAGUCAACGUGAAGAAAUAGACUUUGAGAAGGUACAGGCAAAUAACUGGGGGUUAUUCUGUAUAUUGAGUAUUUAUAGACGUGUAAUAUUUGUUUCAAAUGUCAUGUUUCCUUUUUUUGUAAUGCAUAAGUGUUUCUUUGUUCAGCUUUUCAUACAUAAAAUUAGCAAUGUGGAAAACAUUUGAAUGUCCUAGUGUCUUGAAUUUAAAUAUUUUCUUGGUCUUCAGAAACUUACCUUAGCUACUAAGUGUCCGAUAUUUCUGCAUUUCUGCAUUAUGUCUGAGAGAUUAAAAUUAGACUCUGAAAAGACUUGAGAGGAUUAAUUUCCCUUUACCCUACUUGUUCUUACUAAACAUUCUUACUAAAUGUUAAUUUCCAAAAUAAAGAAAAUAAAGCAAUUUCCUUCCUGGGUGUUUGACAGAGGGUUCUCUACAAUCUUAGCAGGGUCCUUUUUUUAAAAGCAGGGUCCUGACCUUAAUCUGUGCACUGAUCGAGGCUAGAACCCGGUUUCUGGUGGUCAAAGGGGACAUCCAGGUUCAUGCCCCCCUGCUUAUUUAAGUAAACUACUCAAGCA